GUCACUCGUAUGACUUUUUGCAGCCAUUUUUCCCCCUGCAAAGAAGAAGCAGCAGUGUAGAAGAGAGCAGGGGAGAGAGAGAGCUGUGACGGGGAACUGCUGAAGUCUGCAUGUGCACAGCUUUAGGGAGCUCUCCUAACACUCUCAGCCUGAGGAUUCAUACAAACAGCUGCUGCCAGCAUGGAUGAAGGGAUCCAUAGUUUGCAGGAAAGACAGUUACUGGAACACAGGGAAUUUCUUGGAAUGGAUUACCCCUCCCUCUAUGUCUGCAAACCCAAGAGAGGAAUCAAACGGGACGAGAGCAAGGAAACCUAUAAAUUGCCGCACAGACUUAUAGAGAAGAAGAGAAGGGAUCGGAUUAAUGAGUGUAUAGCUCAGCUGAAAGACCUCUUACCUGAGCAUCUCAAGCUGACAACACUGGGGCACUUGGAGAAAGCUGUGGUGCUGGAGUUAACUUUGAAACACUUGAAAGGUUUAACAGCCCUGACAGAGCAACAGCACCAGAAAAUCAUUGCUUUACAGAACGGAGAACGUUCCAUAAAGUCCCCUAUUCAGUCAGACCUGGAUGCUUUCCAUUCUGGUUUUCAGACCUGUGCCAAAGAAGUCUUGCAAUACUUAUCCCGGUUUGAGAGCUGGACAUCGAGGGAUCAGAGAUGUACCCAACUUCUCAAUCACUUACACACAGUUUCCAGCCAGAUUUUACCCAACCCUCAGCUGCUGUUGCAGCAGAUUCCCGGUGGCAAAGGUCCUCCAACAUCCCCCACCAGAGGAGCUCAGAAGGUAGAGAAGCAAACCAACUGUGUCCCCGUCAUCCAGAGGACGCAUAACUUAGAGCUAAGUGAGAACGACACAGAUACUGACAGUGGCUAUGGGGGAGAGGGAGAAAAGAUAGAAGGAAAAAGUGAUGGGCACGGCAGCAAUGGAUUGAGAAGCAGCGUGACCGUAAAGCAAGAACCAAUGGAUGAGCCUUCACCUAAGAGGUUUAAAGCAGACUGCUCCAGUGGGAGUGUAACCGGUGCAGAGCCCGUUGUGAGACCUGAUGCUGCCCUGCUCAGCUCUUUGAUGGGAUUUGGGGGUGCCCCCUUUGGACAGCAGGCACCAUUUUGUUUACCCUUUUACUUCAUCUCACCUUCUGCAGCUGCUGCAGCCGCUGCUGCCUACAUGCCCUUCUUAGACAAGGGGGGCUUGGAGAAGUACCUAUACCCAGCAGCUGCUGCCCCCAUACCCUUAAUAUACCCUGGGAUCCCUGCUCAGGCGGCUGGCACAUUCCCAUGCCUCUCCUCUGUGCUAUCCCCUGACAAGGUGGCAGGUUGCUCCUCCGCCAUGCUCCCUGAGCUAGCGUCUUCUCCUUUUCAGGCUGGGCCGCUGGCUGCAGUGGACAGAGCACUGUCUGAGGAUCUGAAUGAGCCCUUGCAAGACCUUUUGCAGCCUUCCAGAGAAAACUGUCCAUGAGAGACUUUAAAUAACAAAGAACACUGAAGCAAAAAAAAAAAAAUCAAAUUAAGGAAGCCUCUUAUUUUGUAGCACGUUAUGUCUGUAUUUGGAUCAACAUUAGGGUUGUAUACUGAUGGUAUUGUAUAUCACUAUCUUACUUAUUCUAUACAGUGCUGGAUGAGCCUUCUGAGGCCUGUGGUCCACAGUGCUACAGCCUCAACUACAGUGAAUGUGCUAUAUUCUUUAUUAAAGAAAGACAAGAAUAAAGCAGAUAACAGAUGCAAUAAACUAUAAACAGAACAACAACACAAGUUUGUUGUAUCUAUAGCUCUUGGAUAGUGGAUAAAAUAUUCCAUUCUUAAGCCCCGUGUGAAACAAGGUAUAAAAGAGUUUUCUUGCGCUAUGAAAUAGUACAAUGGUAAACUGGGCCAUAAACCAUAGAUUAUGAAUCAUUUCGUGCUCUUUACCUAAAUAUGGACUGAGAUUCAGUGCAGCACUACAAGGAAACUAAAUGGUCAAUUCAGUGAUUGACACUGAUCCAACUAAGCACUUAUUUUCGUGUGCAUCCUGAAAUCUUCAUUUUUCUAUCCUUGGAGAAGUCUGUGCCCAUGUAAGCGUGACCGCAAGUUACACAACUAAAUGUGUUACAGAAGAAGAAAAAAGCACUUUUUAAUCUUUUGUAGGAUCCUGUUUGAUUACUCUUAUGAAGUACCUGCAUAUCGUUUAAGAAGAAUAGCAAAUCAGAGUCCAAUUCUCAGACGUCCCUUUCAGUAUUUACUGCUGGAAAUGUCUCCCUCCUACUGGUCAGCAGCAGCAGGUGGGAAAUACAUGUAAAAUAAAAGUACCUCGCUAGUCAAUGUGCACUUAGUAAUUAGUUCAGGAGAGACUUUGGUUGAGCUUGUUAUAUAAGAGGUAUAAUUAUACUAGAUUUGGCAGCGUACUACAGUGUACUCUCAGCUCUCACCCAAAUUAGAGCAAGCCACCAAAAUGAUGUAACAAGUUCCUCCUACAGACCUUUAAUUGGGCAAAACAUGCCCAGGGCAGUAGAGAAAUGUGACACAGGCUGGAGAACAUAAUCAAUGUUUUGCAAUUUAGGUGCUCAGACUGUCUGCUUGUAAAGAGAAAACAGUUUCUGCAAACAAUUCUAGUUGCCAGGUCACAGAUAGAAUUAAUGUAUAACAAAGUAAUCUUGUUCUGAACUUACCAUCUUUAUUUAAUGUUAAUGUUGGUCUUUUAAUUAUUGGUAUGUGACACUUGUGGUUGCCACAGGCUAAGAAGGUUGGCAAUUGUUUAUUUUAAAAAAAGCAGGUUUUUGUCCCAUUGUUUUGCUGUAUAAAAUUGCCUCUGCUGUAUUGAAAUGUCUAUAGAUAUCAGAAUCUCUCUGUUUAGCAGCAGAAAACCCUGGACUUUUAACCCCUUGGUGGCUACAUCACUUUAUGGCAGUUAGGGGGUUAAAUAUUGAUAAUCAACAUAUAUAUGUGUGUAUAUAUAUAUAUAUAUAUAUAUAUAUAUAUAUAUAUAUAUAUAUAUAUAUAUAUAUAUAUAUAUGAUAAAAACUAAUUUUUAAAGCAUUUCUUGUUUUUAAAUACAGAGAGAUGAUAAAUUCCCGGUUCCAAAGUACAAAAAAAAAAAUCUAGUUGCACCUUAAUUUUAACAGUUUAUUGUUUCUUAAGUUCCACUUUUUAAACUUGCACUUGUCUUGAUGUAUUAUUCCCUUUCCAAUGCUUGAAAGAGGAAUGAAAUAAAAACAGAAUAUUGGUGUAUACGUACAUA